AUGAAAGCAUCUUUGUUUUCAUCUAACAGAACUAUAAAGUAUUUGGCAGUUAUACUAACCAUAAUAGUCAUCUACACAUUAACUCAUCAUGUACCCCUGUAUAUCCCAGAAUACGGCAUGUCUGAUCAAGAACAAGAAAAACCAUCUCAACUCCAAGAACAAAAAGAACAAGAACUGCAAGAACAACAACAAAGUCUUAUUCCACCUGGUAACCAAUCCCCAACUGAUGUUAGAUUACAGUUACUUCCUGAAGAUGUAAGAAUGCAGCAAAAGGUAAAAGCAACGUUUGUUACCCUUGCCCGGAAUAGUGAAGUCUUCGAUUUGAUAAAAUCAAUCAGAGAAGUUGAAGAUAGAUUCAAUAAGAAUUUUCAUUAUGAUUGGAUAUUUUUCAAUGACGUUCCAUUUGAUCAACAAUUUAUAGACUUAACAACUUCGAUUUGUUCCGGAAAGACAAAAUAUGUGCUUAUCCCAACUGAACAUUGGUCAUAUCCUGAUUGGGUUGAUCUUGAUAAAGCUGCAGCAGGAAGGAAAAAUAUGAAAGAAGCGAAGAUUAUUUAUGGUGAUAGUGAAUCAUAUAGACAUAUGUGUAGAUUUGAAAGUGGAUUCUUUUGGCAGAAUGAGGUUAUGGAUGAUUAUGAUUGGUAUUGGAGAGUUGAACCUGGGAUUGAAAUCUAUUGUGAUGUAAAUUAUGAUGUUUUUAAAUAUAUGGAAGAUAAUAAUAAGGCUUAUGGAUUCACAAUUUCAAUUCAUGAAUAUAGAAAAACAAUUGAAAGUUUAUGGGGUCAUGUUAAAGAUUUUAUUAAAGCAAAUCCUCAAUAUGUAGCAGAAGAUAAUUUUAUGGAUUUUAUUAGUGAUGAUAAAGGUGAAACAUACAAUUUAUGUCAUUUUUGGUCAAAUUUCGAAAUUGGGUCACUUAAUUUCUGGAGAUCAGAAGCAUACAGAAAAUUCUUUGAUUAUUUAGAUCGUACUGGAGGAUUCUUUUAUGAAAGAUGGGGUGAUGCACCAAUUCAUUCUAUUGCUGCUUCAUUGUUUUUGCCAAAGAGUAAAAUUCAUUAUUUUGAAGAUGUUGGUUAUAAACAUGGUCCAUAUACUCAAUGUCCUUUAGAUCCAGGUUAUAGACGCGAAAGAAAAUGUUCUUGUGAUCCAUCUAGGGAUUUCACAUUUAGAGGAUAUUCAUGUGGGAAGAAAUAUUAUGAAAAAAUGGGAUUGGAAAAACCACCACUUUGGGAAAAGUAUACUUGA